AGUUGAUCUGUAACCGCACACUCUGCGACAGCCAAACUUUUAAGAGAGGACAGUUUUCCUAUUGACCAUUCGUCUUCUACACAAUUUCGAACUGAAUGGCCCGGUCAACUCUAAAUAUUUAAGAUACUAACUAGCUGAAGCAAGAAAGUACACAUUCAAAGACAACAGGAGCAACUACCUUCAUAUCCUGUUACUCAAUAUUACUUGAACUUGUUGAAGUAUCUGCACUAAGAAACAGGUGAACAGCUUUACAGUGAAUUCAGCCUGAAGGUUCAGACAUGGAUUUAAGAAUACUUGCACUCCUCUUCCUCUGUUACUGCAAGCAAGGCUGGAUGGAAGUUGUUUCAGAAGAUGAAAAGGUCCCUACGAUUCCUCUCAUACCCCUGAUGCCCAGCAAUCCCAUACCAAAUUUGGAUUGCUCCAACACCCCUAACGGAGAAGAAUUACCUCCAGGUGGCUCUGCAACCUGUACCUCUACUGAUGAGAAUGGUGAAAGCUCUGAGGAGGAAGACCUGGAGGAGCUCUGUGGGCAUUUGAGUCCUACAGUCAUCAGACAAGCCAUAGGCAGUGGGAUUAUGAAAUUUGGGCUGGAGCUGUUGGAAAACAUGAAGACAAACCAGAAACAACCCAAUGUCAUUAUCUCACCCCUCAGUGUGUCGUUAGCUCUCUCACAUUUGGCUUUGGGAGCGAAAAAUGAAACGGAAGAACUACUUCUUCAACGCCUGCAUGCUAACACAGUGCCAUGCUACCACAAAUCACUGAAAAAACUUCUCCGCCACGUCCGCAGAAACAGCCUGCAAAUUGCCAGCCGCAUCUACCUGGCCCAUGGAUUUAAGCCAAAGCAGGAGUUUGUUGAAGAGUCGUUGAAAAUAUAUGAUUCCAAGCCCACACCCCUGACAGACUUGGAGGAGAUCAAUGAGUGGGUGGAGAAGUCCACACAUGGUUAUGUGACAGACUUCCUGUCCAGUCUACCUUCUAACCUUGUCAUGAUGCUUAUCAAUGCUGUGCACUACAAAGGGGAGUGGCUUCGUCGCUUUGAUCCUGACUUCACCACCACUGAACCUUUUUAUAUCAAUGAAUACCAAAUCGUAGAUGUUGACAUGAUGCUUGGGCCAAAAUACCCACUCAGUGUUUUUACCUAUAAUGAACUUGAUGCCCAGGUUGCCCGUUUUCCAUUUAAAGGGAAUAUGAGCCUGGUUAUUGUAAUGCCCAUGACUGGACAUGUGAACGUAUCAGCUAUUGCAGCCAAACUUAACAUCUCAGAUCUAUAUCAACGCUUCCCACGGGAGAGAAGCAUGCAGGUCAAACUCCCCAAAUUCAACUUAGAUUUCUCUCAAGAUCUUCAAGAGGUUCUGACAAGCAUGGGCCUAGGACAUCUGUUUUCUAAUCCCAAUUUAGCUGGCAUCUCAGAGGGCCCACUGCUGGUUUCCAGUGUACAGCACAAGUCCAGUAUGGAGAUCAACGAGGAAGGUGCAGAGGCAGCCGCAGCAACCAGUGUAGCAGUGUCACGCUCCAAUCCCUCAUUUAUAGUCAAUCAUCCAUUUUUCUUGGCUCUUAUAGAAGACUCCACACAUGCACCACUGUUUCUGGGGGUUAUUUCCAAUCCAAACCCUAGAGGAUUUGCCAUGACACAGAGUCCAGGCCAUUCAGAUAAAGCAGAUUUUCCUGUCGACAAGCAAGAUCCAAAAUCUUUUGGCAAGCCACCCAAGUAAAAGGCAGCUUAAGAUUAACAUGAGACCUGCGGCAAUCCAUAAAUGUUUAAUGGACAUGUGCUGGAUGUCAAACGACAUUAGAAUUUUAUAAAAUGAUCAAUUUCUCUUUGUAAAUGACUUUUGGGUCAAACAUAUCAUGUUAAAUAUUGUUGUAAAAGCCUGUGUUAAUAAUUAAAUAAAACAUAUUUAAUUAAGUGA